UCUCCUUUCUGACCUCAUAAAAUCCACCAGGAACCAAACAAACUCCCAGAAAUCCCAACCUAAGGAGGAAAAAAAUGGAAGACAGGGAUUCUGGAUCUUACCAACAGAAAAAAUGCCAUAAUGGCCGAUCUUCUAAUCCGGGGAACCAAGAAAUGUCCAUCCUGUGCUUUGAAGCCUCAUCUGCUGAAGGUAACAGUGGGAGAGCGAGUGUUCCUGAGGGGCAGAGACCACAGGAGGACGACAUGAACCUCCGAGCUCGUCCAUCUGUCAGCAGAGCAGCAGGGAGACGUUACCGCAGGCAGGCGGAGAGUCGAGCCCAACUCCAAGCUGAGCAGGAGAGUCAGAAACAGAGAGAGGCAGAGAAAUCCCACUUUGUUCAUCAGCUCCAAACACUCGGAACCCAGAACGAUCGUUCCUCGCUGGUCCAUCCUGCCGUUCACAGUUUCUAUGGAAACACUGGUCAAGAGUUCAUGUCAGCAGACGAGGAAACCCGGCUGCUGAGAGAGCAGGCGAGCAGCCGAGGGCAGCUGCUGAAUGCUGACUGCUGCAGGGAUGUCUAUUCCCAACCAGAAGGCCACUCUGAGGGCCACGCCUUUGGCACGGCCUGCGAAAACACAGAAAAUGUGUACGCUGAGCUGUAUGAGAUGGAUUCACUCUCUGACCAGGUUUAUGAAGAAAUCGGUGAUGUUUCAGGUUCACCUUUAGGUCCUGCGGGCUGCUCAAACAAUAAGGAGUCUCUCAAACAGAGAGGAGCUGGUGUUCCGAUGAGACACGGCCAUCAUCAGAAGGAGGCCGUCGGCUCACGGCUGCAUCACUACACCCAGCGCUCAGACGGCGAGUCAGACAGCCCGGAAAAGGAUGCAGAGUUUGCCCACUACCCAGGAACCAACACCUGCUAUGAGUUUGAACGGGACGCUGAAUCAUCUGUCGCUCAGCGCAGCCAAAGCCUCAACCCUGUGAGUCAUGGAAGUGAAGCAGAAAAGCUGCCGGUGGAAGAACCUCCUGGACCCCCCAGCUCAAACGGUUCCAAAGCUGCUAUAGAGGAGGACUCAGCCCGACACCAGGCAGCCAGCCCUUCUGAGGAGACUCUAUCCUUAAAAAUCACUCAGGAGAAGACGGACAGCAUCUCUCUGGUCAUCAAGGACAUCAGGGAGGCCAUAGAGGAGGUGAAGACCAGAACCAUCAGAUCGCCGUAUACGCCGGAUGUUCCAAAGGAACCAAUCUGGGUAAUGAGGCAGGACCUGAGUCCAAGCAUGGAGUACGAUCUGCAGACAUAUCCUGGAGAUGUAGAAAAGCACGAGGAGGAGCAAGCCAAGCAGAAGGAGCGGAUGGAUCAGAGCGCUCAAAGUGAGUCGCCGCGCUCAGACCCGCCUUCCCCUGCAGGAGCAGAGUCCUCCAGCAGGCUUCUUCAGGAGGAAGGCCUUCGGGUGUCUCCAUCCCGAAAAGAGAACAGGAAGAGGAUUGCUUCCUUCCCCACAUAUGUAGAAGUUCCUGGUCCCUGUGAUCCAGAGGAUCUGAUUGAUGGGAUCAUCUUUGCAGCCAGCUGUCUGGGCUCCAUCCAGCUGCUAUCAGAGAAGACUCCAUCUAAGAACAUUCGUAUGAUGCAAGCACAGGAAGCAGUUAGCAGCAUUAAGGCUGAGCCUCAGCCUGUAACGGAGGUGGAUCUCUUCAUCUCCACUCAGAGAAUCAAGGUGCUCAACGCGGAUUCCCAGGAAACUAUGAUUGACCAUCCUUUGCGAACCAUCUCCUAUAUCGCUGAUAUUGGCAACAUUGUGGUUCUGAUGGCCCGGCGAAGGUUGCCUCACUGUGACUCUCAGGAGAAGGUGGAGGUCUCAGACCCGAGUCAGGACAGCAAGCACCAGCACAAGAUGAUGUGCCACGUCUUUGAAUCUGAGGACGCCCAGCUGAUUGCCCAGUCCAUCGGCCAGGCCUUCAGCGUAGCAUACCAGGAAUUUCUCAGGGCGAAUGGGAUCAACCCCGAGGACCUCAGUCAGACCGAAUACACUGACCUGCUGAGCACUCAGGACAUGUACAAUGAGGAUCUAGUUCACUUCUCCAGGUCUGAAAACUGCAAAGAUGUGUUCAUAGAAAAAGCGAAAGGUGAGAUUCUGGGUGUGGUCAUCGUGGAGAGUGGGUGGGGCUCCAUUCUACCUACCGUCAUUAUUGCCAACAUGAUGCAUGCUGGGCCAGCGGAGAGGUCUGGCAGAGUCAACAUAGGGGACCAAAUCAUGUCCAUAAAUGGAACCAGUCUGGUUGGACUUCCUCUGUCCACCUGCCAGAGCAUCAUAAAGGGUCUAAAGAACCAGUCUGGGAUCACGUUGAACAUCGUGAGAUGUCCUCCAGUGACUACAGUUCUUAUCAGACGGCCGGACGUACGCUACCAGCUAGGAUUCAGUGUCCAGAAUGGCAUUGUUUGUAGCCUUAUGCGGGGUGGGAUUGCUGAAAGAGGUGGAGUACGAGUGGGUCACCGCAUCAUCGAGAUCAACAGUCAGAGCGUGGUGGCAACUCCCCAUGAAAAAAUCGUCCAGAUCCUUUCCAACGCUGUGGGAGAGGUGAGAUGUUUCACAGACCGACUCCACUCAGAGGUCAAAUAUGCGCGGUGUUUACAGCUUAAAGGGAAAAGAUAA